AUGGCGAUCUCCUCCUCCUCUGGCUCCAACUCAAUCGGCUCUCCUUUCUCCUCCUCUUCCUCGAGUUCCUCUGCCUCUUCCCUCGACCCCAUCUCCGAGAACCGGGAACCGACACCGGAGAAUGAUCCGACGGCGGCGCACGAGGCACUCGCUCCUCUGCAUUGGGACGCAGAAAAGUUCGACUUCGAAGUCGUCUCCGAGGAUGAUGAACCCAAGACUGACGACGAAGACCUCCGGCUCUUGUUCCAGGAAGAUCCGGAAGAGAACAGCGACAGUUGCUUCUCCUGGGAUGGAGCCGACUCCUCCUCGGAAGAAGAAAUUGACUCCUCCUCUAUUGAGGAGGACCCGAUGGUCGAAAGGGCCUUCCGGUUCCUUGGCUCCUCCGAGGAGGAAAGCAAGGAAAAUAGUGAUGGCGGCGGCGGCGGCGGCUGGAGCGGCAUCGACGAAGCCAGCAACGGCAGCAGCGCCGAUGAGAGCAGCGGCAGCGACGAUGAUGGCAAUGACAGCAGCAGCGGAGACGUGCCGGCUCGAAGCCCCAAGCGCCGUAGGCAUUAG